AUGGGCGCUGAGAAUGUCAGAGAAGAGUUUAAGCUCCUCCACUGAAUUUGUUCGAGUCUCCUCAGCCAAUAUGAAACUUCACUGGCUGCUACUGGCAGUUUGCCUGGCCUGUCUGCUGACCCUCAGCUGCGGCUCGGGUACUGCCACCUCUACCAGCGCUGGAGGGUCGACCAGCACCACCGAGUCCGCCUCCGGCGCCAGCUCCACUACAGUCGCCACCGGCGGCAGCACCAGCACCACCACCGCCUCCGUCUCGGCCGACGACACCACCGACGCCGCCAACGCCGCCGCCGGCGACGACACCACGGUGGCCAGCAGCAGCGAUGAAACUACCGAAGUCGCCAGCAGCAGCGGCACCACUGGCACUGGCAGUAGCAGCAGCAGUGGCAGCAGCAGCAGCAGCUCCUCCAGCAAGAAGAAGGCCGCUGCCAAGCGCAGGGCCCGUCGUCGAAAGGCUGCCGCAAAGAGGAGGGCUGCCGCAAGGAAGAGGGCUGCCAGAAGGCGUGCCGCUGCCAAAAGGAGGCGCAGGAGCCAGUCAGGAUAGGGCAAAUGAUUGACCGAUGCCAACUCUGCACGCAGGAAACUCCAAUUUGGCUGUAUCCCUUUUUGUGUAUGUCAUAGAGUAUGUAUCCUGGGCAAUACAAUAGUUUAAAAAAUGCAUUCAAAAAAAACAUAUAAAAUCUUUUU